AUGUCUGAAGAGGAGGCUAAAGAGAUCAAGAAUGAAGAUGUAGAAGUAGAUUCUGCCGUCGAUACCCCGGUAGACGAAUCAGCUUCCAAAAAGAAGAAGAAGAAGAAGAAGAAGUCUAAGAAUGCUCCAAAGAACAUCGCCCUCAUAUAUCCUGAUGAAAAGUAUCCUGAGGGUGAAUGGAUGGACUAUGGCCAAGACUUCAACACCAAACGGGUUACGGACGAAGAAAAGCGCUACUUGGAACGUGACAGGGAGCAUGAACAGCGCUGGAAUGAUAUUCGUAAGGCCGCGGAAAUCCACCGUCGGGUAAGAAAGCAUGUGCAAAACAGAAUUCAGCCUGGUAUAACGCUUACGGAGAUUGUAGAGAUGGUGGAAAAUGCGACAAGGAAGUACACAGGGACGGACGUGGGCGGUUCGCAUGUUAACAGGCCAAAGUCGCAAGGUGUAGCGUUCCCCACAGGCGUGUCGCUGAACCACUGCGCGGCGCAUUUUACGCCCAAUGCAGGCGACACAACGGUUCUCAAGUAUGAAGAUGUAAUGAAGGUGGAUUUUGGUGUCCACGUUAACGGCUAUAUCGUUGACUCUGCCUGGACUGUAGCUUUCGACCCUAAGUACGACCCUCUUCUUGACGCAGUUCGCGAUGCCACCAACACCGGUAUAAAGGAAGCAGGCAUUGAUGUCCGUCUAACGGACAUUGGAGAAGCCAUCCAGGAGGUCAUGGAGUCCUACGAGGUCACUCUCGAUGGCAAAACCUUCCAGGUAAAGCCCUGCCGCAACCUCUGCGGCCAUAAUAUCGCUCCUUAUAGAAUUCACGGCGGUAAGUCCGUGCCCAUCGUCAAGAAUGGCGAUGAAACGAAGAUGGAAGAGGGCGAGCACUUUGCAAUUGAAACCUUCGGCACUACUGGCCGCGGUUACGUCGUGCAGAGAGGCGAGUGUUCCCACUACGCCCGCGCGGCCGAUGUAGACGCCCAACCGUCUCUACUAAGAGCUAAAGCUCUACUAAAAACUAUUAACGAAAACUUUGGCACUCUACCAUGGUGCAGGCGCUACCUUGAUAGACUAGGAGAGGAAAACUACCUUUACGCACUCAAUCACAUGGUUAAGCAAGGCAUUAUUCAGGAUUACCCUCCUCUGAACGAUAUCUACGGUUCUUACACUGCACAGUACGAGCAUACCAUUCUGUUGCAUCCCCAUAAGAAGGAGGUGGUCUCCAAAGGAGACGACUACUAA